UUUUAAUAUACAAACACCACUGAACUUAAUCCCACCUGUACUCCGUAGUUCGAUCUCCUCCAUUCUAGGCUCUCUCUCCGCCGUCCAGCCAGCCAUGGCAGCCUUCACCGCCGCCUCCUACUCCAAGUACGAGAUCCGGCGGCGAGACCCCAAUCCGAAGGCCGCCGCCCUCCUCGUCAUCGACAUGCAGAACUACUUCGCCUCCACGGCCGCCCCCAUCCUCCCCGCCCUCCGCACCACCGUCGCCCUCUGCCGCGCGGCUGGCGUCCCCGUCCUCUUCACCCGCCACCGCCACCGCUCCCCCGCCGACUAUGGCAUGCUCGGCGAGCGGUGGGCCGGCAACCUCAUCUUCGACGGCACCCCAGAGUCCGAGCUCCUCCCGGACCUGGGCCGCCAUCCCGGCGACCGGGUGGUCGAGAAAAGCACCUACAGCGCGUUCGCCGGGACGGAUCUGGAGGAAAUUUUGCGCGGGAUGGGCGUGGAGGAGGUGAUCGUCACCGGGGUGAUGACGAACCUCUGCUGCGAGACCACGGCCAGGGAGGCCUUCGUCAGGGGUUUCCGGGUCUUCUUCUCCACGGAUGCCACCGCGACAUCGAACAGAGACCUCCACGAGGCCACCCUCAAGAACAUGGCCUACGGGUUCGCCUAUCUGGUGGACUGCAACAGGCUUGAGGCGGCUGUUGGCCGCAAGGCCUGAGGUCUGGGAUUUUCGACAUCAUGAGUGUGGAUUACGGAUAUGGUCAGUCCCAGGCAUAUCAUGGGUGUAUAUUGUUGGAUGUAAUAGUUGCGUGAGAUAAAACUUCUAUUGUAAAUGAAGAUCUGGGGUGUAUGAUGUUAAUUGUAAAUAGCUUGAGGUGAAAAAUACAAGUCCUUUUCCUUAAAUGAUGUGGAUAUCUUCACCAAAAAUGUAAAUGUUGUGUUUCUUGUCUGUUUAUUCUUUAUGGAAUACCAUGCUUCUGUUUUCACCUUGUGAUAA